AUGUUUUAUUUUUUAGCCCUUGUAAUAUUUUUUUUGUUUUUUUUUCAUUUAAUUAAGAGCUAUAAUAUCAACUAUCAGAUCAAUGAUAAGACAUUUUUUCCAUGUCAACCAAAAGAUCCAAUAAGAAAAAAAAAAAAUUAUAUAAAAUAUAAUGGAAAACGAAUUAUAUUAGUAAAAGAUUCCAGAGAAGAAAAUUCUUUAGAUUUCAAAGUAGAAGACUUUCUAUGUGAAAGUGAAAAAAAAGGAAAAAAAAAAAAACAAGAAACAGAAGGUUCUUUGUUUUUUCAAUCUAAUACAACCUUUUCGGAAUUAAAUAUACAUAAAAAUUUAAUAGAAAAUUUAAAAAAUCAUAAUAUUAAUACUCCAUCAGUAAUACAAUAUGAUUUAUUAAAAUAUUAUGAUGAACAUAAAGAUGACAAUCUACAAAAUAUUAUUAUAGCAGCAGAAAAUGGCAUUGGAAAAACAUUGUCUUAUAUUAUCUUUCUAAUAAAUCAUAUAUUAAAAAAAGGGACCAACAAAAAUACAUGUACACUUAUUUUGCAGUAUAAUAAUUUAUUGUGUAAUCAGUGUUAUGAUAUACUAAAAAAAUUAUCCAAAAAUGUAAAAGCACAAAUUAUUAACCUAAAAUAUGAAGGAAUAAUAAAUAUUAAAAACCAUCUUAUUGUUAUAUGCACCCCUGUAAGACUUAUGACAUAUAUAAAAGAAGACAAAGAAAAUAUAUUUUCGACUUUUUUUGAGAAUCUCGAUUUUUUUAUAAUGGACGAAGUAGAUAUUUUAUUUGAUAAUCCUUAUAUAAAAAAUAUGAAAAUAAUUUUUGAUGAAUUGAAUAAAUUAAAAAAUGAAAAAUAUGUAUCUAUAAUUACAUCCUCUACUUUAUGUAAUAGAGGUAAAAAAUCUAUUUAUAAUAAUGUAAUAAAAUAUAUAACAAAUCCUAUUGUUAUAAAAACAAAUUAUUUUCAUAAUAUACAUCCAUUUAUUAAUUAUCAUUUUAUAAAGCCAUCAAAUUAUAAUAUCAAAAAUAAAAUUCAAAUAAUAAAACAUAUUCUUUUAAAAGAAAAUUAUAAAAAAGUUCUUAUAUUCUGUAAUACUCUGAAAAGCUCAAAUACAGCAUUCAGUUUAUUAAAAUUACAUUUCGAUAAUAUUUUUUUAUUUAAUUCAACAGUUAAAAAAGAAGAUCAAUCUAUAAUAUUAAACCAUUUCAAAACAUCUCAAAACCCAAUAUUAGUAACUACUGAUAUUAUAUAUAGGGGAAUAGACAUAAGCGAUAUAUCUCACCUUUUUCAUUUCGACACUCCAACAAAUAUAGUGGUCUACACACAUAGAAAUGGACGACUAGCGAGGGGUGCUAAUACUGGUCAUGUUUACAUAUUUAAACAUUUCGAAGAUCUAGUAACAAGAAAAAUUUAUGAACUUCAUAAAAAUAAAUUAAAAUUUGAAGAAAUAUUCAGUAGGAAACGAUCCUUGAGAAAAAAUUAUAAAAGAGAAUUACAAAAAAAAAAGUGA